AACGUACAGGUGGAUAUGUAUUGGAAAACAGUUCAAUGACAGUUAAUUUGAAAGAAUUUAAAAAAUACUAUUCAAAUAUAAGGCGUCUAGAAAGCAAUAAAAUAUAAUUCAUAUUCCACAAAAACUAAACUUAUUACGCAGUAAUUUCGAAAUCAAUAGAAAAGAAAUAAUUCAUCAUCCCUUGAUAAUGCUGUUUAUUCUAAGAUUACAAUUGCUACGAAAAUUUUCUUCAUCCAUUGCCAAAAGGAAAAUCAAUGGUCACAAUAAAUGCCAGGCAACAUCCAUUGUUAAUGUACCACAAUUCAGCAGUGAGUUUGAGCUAAAGAAUGAACCCAUUUUGGAAUACCAACCAGGGUCGAAGGAAUUAACAAAUUUAGAAGAAGCCUUAAAGCAAAUACAGUGCAACAAAGUUGAAGAAAUUCCCAUAGUUAUUGGAGGCAAGGAGUUUAAAACUUCUUAUGAACGUUCCCAGGUUAUGCCACAUCAACAUCAUCAAUCUAUAGCCAAAUAUUAUCUGGCUGAUGAAACAAUCAUUAAUAAAGGCAUAAGAUCAGCCCUAGAAGCUAAAUCUAAAUGGGAACGAGUUGACAUAAAAAGUCGUUUGGCCAUUUGGCAAAAAGCAGCUGAUCUAAUGGCCACCAAAUAUAGAGCUCAACUAGUGGCAACUACCAUGUUGGGCCAAUCAAAGACCAUAUAUCAGGCGGAAAUUGAUGCUGCCGCUGAAUUAAUUGAUUUCAUGAGAAUGAAUGCCGGCUUUUUAAAUGAGCUCCUGCAGUAUCAGCCAAUAAGUGUGGAUGAGAAGAGUUUGAAAAAUCAUCUGCUGUGGAGGGGAUUGGAUGGUUUUGUUGCUGCCAUAAGUCCCUUUAAUUUUACUGCUAUUGGUGGUAAUUUGGCGUAUACACCAGCCUUAAUGGGCAAUACAGUGCUAUGGAAACCCUCGGACUCUGCAAUUUUAUCAAGUUGGCUGAUUUUCAAAAUAAUGCGUGAAGCUGGUCUACCAGAUGGUGUGGUUAAUUUCAUUCCAGCCGAGGGUGCAGUUUUUGGCAACACUGUAACCUACUCCUCAAAUUUAGGAGGUAUCAAUUUCACUGGGUCUGUGGCCACAUUUCAAACGCUUUGGAAAUUAGUGGCCAAAUAUCUGCCAUUUUAUAAAACCUUUCCACGCCUCAGUGGAGAAUGUGGAGGAAAAAACUAUCAUUUUGUACAUGCCUCCGCCGAUGUGGAUACUGUGGUGGCGGCCACAAUACGCAGUGCUUUCGAGUAUGGGGGUCAAAAGUGUUCAGCCUGUUCUAGGCUAUAUGUACCAGCAUCGUUAUGGGAGAGCAGCAUUAAGAAACCUUUAUGCGAAGAAACAUCACACUUGCCAAUGGGUGACGUUUGCAACUAUGAAACUUUUCUGGGAGCCGUUAUAGAUGACAAGGCAUUUCUGCGCAUAAAGAAAUAUCUGGAUCUUGCCAAAACCAAUCCACGAUGUGAUGUUUUGGUAGGUGGUCGUUGUUCAAAUUUGCGCGGUUAUUUUAUUGAACCCACCAUUGUUAAGUGUCACGAUCCCCAUGAUGUGCUAUUCAAGGAAGAAAUCUUUGGUCCCCUUUUGUCUGUGUAUGUUUACAAGGACAGUGAGUUACUGCAAGCCCUCGAUUUGGUGGAGAGCACCACAAAAUAUGCUUUAACUGGAGCUAUAUUCGCACAAGAUGAGAAAUUUUUGAAGCAGGCCUUUGAAAAACUUCAUUCCUCGGCAGGUAAUUUGUAUAUCAAUGAUAAAUCUACGGGAGCGGUCGUGGGUCAGCAACCCUUUGGAGGUAGCAAAUUAUCCGGCACCAAUGACAAGCCAGGCAGUCCUUUUUAUUUGCUGCGUUGGUCUUCACCAUUGACUGUUAAGGAGACCUUUGUACCACAAAGAGAAAUCUAUUAUCCCUAUAUGGGUAUUGAGGGAAAUUGUAUUUGAAUUUUUCAUUUAAAGAAAUUUAUUUUACGAUAAAUAUUUUUUUCACAUUUUGAAAUAAAGAAAUGUUUUGUUGUUGUCGUU